GCCGCUUGUAAUUCAAUCUGGGCCCGCUCCUGCGCGAACGCAUGGUUCUUUCUCACGUGCUCGAACAUCCGCGGAUCCACCUCCUCGGGAACAAUAUUCCGCGGCAACUCACCCCACACAGCUACUAACCCGCUCAGGCCCUACGCCGGAUCGGGCGAACGCUCCUCGGGUGCGUCGCCGUGUGGGACGACCCACACGCGUCGCAACCGAAGAAUGGACGUGCCAUUGUCGACUGCGGUGGGCUGAGAUCGUUCGGGAUAGACAGCUGUGACGGGAAUGGGGAUGCGACCGCGGAUAUUGGGCCUUGUAAGUACGUGUGCAGUUGCUUGCAGGCGGACACGGG